AUGGAAGCCAUCAAGGCCUAUGACCAUGACAUGCGUCAUUUUGCACACGCUGGGCUCUGCGACAUUAGUCGCAUUGGAGAUGAUGCCACUGCCGCUUGCAAUUUCCAGACAGUCUUGAUGGUCACCGACGGCUGCACUGCUACUGCGGAUGAAAUUCACCAGACUCUGGAAGAACCGGAAAAGUUCAUGCCAUGCGCCGAUCGCGCCCUUCUCUUGUCUUGCCAGAUGACCGAUGAGGGGAUCUCGCUGCUCGCAAGAUAUGACCAGGGAAUCAUUGAACCUCUUCAAAUCGCUCGUCUUCUGCGACAGCUGGGUUUUCUGAUCAAUGAGCUGCAGAGCUUGGCGGACGAUGCGCUGUGCGUGGGACAGCUGGAUCUCCUGGGUCCAGAGGAUCGUGCGGAGAUUGAAAGCUGGAAUUCAGAUCCAUUGCAGACAUACAAUCGCUUAGUCCACACCGAGAUGCUUAUGAGGGCUGAUGACUCCCCAAGUAAGCCGGCAGUCCUGGCUUGGGAUGGACAUUGGACUUAUUCUGAGCUGAACACUGUGUCCUCUCGAUUGGCUUCGCAUAUCAGAUCGCUUUACUUAGACCAAACGCAGUUGAUUGUACCGGUCUACUUUGAGAAGUCGAAAUGGGUCAUCGCCUCAAUUUUGGCCGUGCUCAAAGCUGGCCAUGCAUUCACGCUCAUUGACCCAAACGAUCCACCAGCAAGGAUGGCCCAAAUAAUCGAGCAGACAUCUGCCACGAUUACGCUCACUUCCGCAUCUCUUCAGAGCAAGAUACAAGCCGCAGUUAGCUGCUGCAUUGUGGUUGAUGAUGACCUGCUCCAGUCUUUGACUGCUAGCCGCGAAGACAGCCAGCUCCAUGUUGCGUCAAAGCCAGAUGAUUUGGCCUAUGUCAUUUUCACAUCUGGUAGUACUGGAGACCCUAAGGGCAUCAUGAUUGAGCAUAAAGCAUUCUAUUCUUGUGUUGUCAAGUUUGGUCCCGCACUUGGCAUCCAUGGCGGCACGCGCGCUCUUCAAUUUGCAACUCAUGGCUUUGGUGCGUUUUUGCUCGAGGUCCUGACUACCCUGAUUCACGGCGGUUGUGUUUGCAUUGCGUCAGACCACGAUCGAAUGCACAAUAUGCCUGAGUUCAUCUCACAAAAUCAGGUCAACUGGGCUAUGGCGACACCGUCGUAUAUGACGACAAUGAAACCGGAGGAUGUUCCAAGUCUGAAAACCCUUGUCCUCGUCGGAGAACAGAUGUCCGCAUCGGUCAACGAUGUCUGGGUCUCUAAGCUGCAACUUUUGGAUGGUUACGGCCAGAGUGAAAGUUCUUCUAUAUGUUUCGUGGGCAAAAUUGGUGACUCAUCUUCCGAUCCCAACAACCUCGGUCGGGCCGUCGGCGCCCAUUCCUGGAUCGUUAAUCCCGAUGACCCCAAUCUUCUUGUACCGGUCGGUGCUAUCGGAGAACUACUAAUAGAGAGUCCUGGUAUUGCACGCGGCUAUCUUAUUGCCCCAUUGACCGAAAAGACACCAUUUCUUGAAAGAGUUCCGGCUUGGUACGCCUCGAAUAAGCUACCAGAGGGGGUGAAGUUUUACCGGACUGGCGAUCUGGCUCGUUAUGCUUCCGAUGGUACAAUUGUUUGCCUCGGUCGCAUGGACUCACAAGUCAAGGUUCGUGGUCAACGGGUGGAACUAGGCGCAGUAGAAGCCCGUCUGCGACAGCAGUUCUCCAGCGAGGUGACCGUUGUUGCCGAAGCUGUCAAGCGGUCGGAUUUACCCAGCAGCGUCAUUAUCACUGGAUUCCUGAUUGGUUUUCAAACGCCGCAAGAAAGCGUCAAUGUCGCAUGUACGGAAGACGCUUACAUCCUUGGCGAGACUGCCACGCAAGACAUCAACGCGAAAAUGCGACAGGUUCUUCCUGCACACUCGAUUCCGUCAUUUUACAUCUGCAUGGACGUUCUCCCGCGCACUGCUACGGGCAAGAUCAACAGGAGAAGCCUUAGAUCUAUCGGCGGCAAUUUAUUAGCACUGCGGGCUCGGGGCAAGUCUCCUCAGCCAAACCAAAUGCUCGAUGCAUUUGACGAAUUGCCGAAACUGGAGGAGGUGUGGAUGCAAAUUUUCGAUCUUGCGUCGGGCUCUACGGACAUCAGAGCCAGUUUUUUUGCGCUUGGUGGAGAUUCGAUUACUGCGAUUAAAAUGGUCAACAUGGCUAGAUCACACGGGAUAGAGCUAAAGGUUUCUGAUAUCUUCCAAAACCCUACCCUUGCUGGCCUCCAGGCAUCGAUUAGUGGCAACUCGAUGCCUAUCACUCGCAUCCCGGCGUCGGCCUUGGAUGGACCUGUGGAGCAAUCAUAUUCGCAAGGUCGACUAUGGUUCCUGGAGCAACUGGAAAUUGGUGCCAAUUGGUACACAAUUCCGUACGCCGUCCGCAUGCGAGGGCCACUAGACAUUGACGCGCUCAACCGCGCUCUUCUUGCACUGGAGCGACGGCAUGAAACCCUACGGACAACUUUUGAGAACCAAGAUGGCGUUGGGGUGCAAAUAGUUCACGAAACGCUUCUGAACCAGUUGAGAAUUCUCAAUGCUUCGACUGACAGUGCCGACUACCUUCAACUUCUGAAACAAGAGCAAACAGCUCCGUUUGAUCUGCAAUCUGCUGCUGGGUGGAGAGCAUCACUGAUACGCUUGGGCGAUGGUGAUCAUGUUUUUUCAAUUGUCAUGCAUCAUAUUAUUUCCGAUGGUUGGUCAAUCGACGUACUCCGACGGGAGCUAGGUCAACUCUACGUCGCCGCUCUUCAACGUGCAGACCUUCUCUCGACCUUGAGCCCGCUCCCAAUACAAUACAGAGACUUUUCUGUAUGGCAAAAGCAAGACGCUCAGGUUGCUGAACAUAUGAGACAACUCCAGUACUGGCAGAAACAGCUCGCAGACUGCUCACCGGCGAAAUUGCCGACCGACUUCCAUCGACCGACACUGCUCUCUGGCAAAGCAACCACCGUGCCAGUUGCUGUCACUGGUGAGCUGUACCAGAAGUUGCAGGAAUUCUGCAAUGCAUUCAACACGACUUCUUUCGUUGUACUCUUGGCUACCUUCCGUGCGACACACUACCGUCUCACUGGAGUUGACGAUGCUGUUAUCGGUACACCCAUCGCCAACCGCAACCGGCAUGAGUUGGAGAACCUAAUUGGCUUUUUUGUUAACACUCAGUGUAUGCGAAUAGCUGUCGAUGAUGAGGAGACCUUUGAAGGCUUGGUACGUCAAGUCCGUUCAACAACGACAGCGGCGUUUGAACAUGAAGAUGUGCCGUUCGAACGUGUCGUAUCUGCCAUGCUACCUGGGUCCCGAGAUCUGUCUCAGAAUCCGCUGGUGCAACUCAUUUUUGCUAUUCACUCGCACAAGGAUCUUGGAAAGUUUGAACUCGAGGGUCUUGAAUCAGAGCCGGUCCAAAAUGAGGCCUACAGCCGGUUUGACGCAGAGUUCCACUUCUUCCCGGCGCCUGACGGAUUGACCGGCUACAUCAACUUCGCUACAGAGCUAUUCAAACUGGAAACAAUUCAAAAUGUUGUCAGCGUCUUUUUGCAGAUCCUGCGUUAUGGCCUUGAUCAUCCUCAAACUCUGAUCUCGGUCGUUCCACUCGCGGACGGCUUGGCGGAGCUCCGCAGCAUGGGACUGCUCAAGAUCAAUGAGGUCGAAUACCCACGGGAUUCGAGCGUGGUUGACGUCUUCCGCACCCAAGUCGCUGCCUACCCAGAUACUGUCGCAGCGGUUGACUCGUCUUCACGCCUAACAUAUGCUGAGCUUGACCGUCAGUCCGACCUGCUCGAGACGUGGCUUCGCCGGCAGGAUCUUCCGGCCGAGGCACUGGUCGUGGUGUUGGCACCACGUUCAUGCGAAACAAUCAUGGCUUUUGUCGGUAUCUUGAAAGCGAAUCUGGCGUAUCUACCACUCGAUGUUAGGUCUCCUGUCGCUCGCAUGAUGGAUGUGCUGUCAACUCUGCCCGGUCGCAUUAUUGCCUUGCUUGGCUCCGAUGUAUUUGCGCCUGAUUUCCAGCUCCCUAAUUUGGAACUCGUGCGUAUUUCUGAAGCUUUGGAGGUUUCUUGCAUAAGCAGCCUGAAUGCAGAUGAGCAUAUACCUAUGCCGAAUCCAUCACCAACUAGCCUUGCGUAUGUUUUGUACACAUCUGGGUCAACCGGCCGUCCGAAGGGAGUUAUGAUUGAACAUCGUGCUAUUGUACGACUGGCAAGGAGUGAUAUCAUCCCAGAGUUCCGACCAGCGUGCGGCGACAUUAUGGCUCAUAUGUUCAACACCGCUUUUGAUGGAGCUGCUUAUGAGAUCUACACAAUGCUUCUGAACGGCGGAACACUGGUUUGUGUUGACUAUAUGGACACUUUAAGUCCCAAAUCACUUGAGGCAGUGUUUGAGAAGGAGAAGGUCAACGUCGCCAUCAUGGCGCCAGCAUUGCUCAAGCUAUAUCUGGCUGAGGCACGAGAUGCCCUCAAAGGACUCGACGUACUCAUCUCUGGUGGCGACAGAUUCGAUCCCCAGGACGCCAUUGACGCAGUAUCUCUUAUUCGGGGCUCCUGCCAUAACGGAUAUGGUCCAACCGAGAAUGGAGUUUUCAGUACUAUAUACAAGGUUGGCAAAGACGAUCCAUUCGUGAACGGUGUUCCUUUGGGGCGAGCCGUCAACAACUCGGGAGCGUACGUCGUCGAUCGCAACCAGCGGCUUGUCGGCCCUGGUAUCAUGGGAGAGCUUGUCAUGACCGGUGUCGGGCUUGCUCGCGGCUAUACCGACCGAGCAUUAGAUGAAAAUCGAUUCAUUCAGCUCACCGUUGACGGAAAGGCCGCGAGAGCAUACCGGACGGGGGAUCGGGUGCGCUACAGGGUAGGGGAAUGCCUUCUAGAGUUUUUUGGGCGCAUGGAUUUCCAAUUCAAGAUUCGAGGCAACCGUAUCGAGGCUGGGGAAGUGGAGGCUGCAAUUCUCAGUCAUCCUUCUGUUCGCAAUGCCGCCGUUGUUCUUCGCGUUGAAGAGAAGCAGGAGCCAGAAACAGUCGGGUUCGUUGUCGCAGAUCAUGACGAAACCGCCCAUCACGAGGGAGCGGGCAACCAAGUUGAAGGAUGGCAAGCAUUUUUUGAGACCACCACGUAUACGGAACUUGAAACUGUCAGCUCAUCAGAAAUUGGCAAAGAUUUCAAGGGAUGGACUUCAAUGUACGACGGCAGCGAGAUUGACAAGGCAGAGAUGCAGGAGUGGUUGGACGACACUAUACAUACGCUCGUCGAUGGCCAAGCGCUAGAUCAUGUACUCGAAAUCGGAACUGGGUCCGGCAUGGUCUUGUUCAAUCUCAGCUCUGGACUACAAAGCUACGUGGGCCUUGAGCCAUCCAAGUCAGCAGCCGCUUUUGCCAACAACGCCAUCAAGUCAACCCCAACCCUAGCAGGAAAGGCGGAGGUUUUUGUCGGAACCGCGACAGAUACUGACCAACUGAAUGACCUGCAUCCGGAUCUUGUCUUAUUCAACUCCGUUCUUCAGUAUUUCCCCGCAACAGAAUACCUGGCGCAAGUUGUGGACACCCUCGUGCACUUGGGCAGCGCCAAGCGUGUAUUCUUUGGCGAUGUACGAUCGCAAGCGACAAACAGGCACUUCCUUGCCGCUCGAGCGAUGCAUUCGCUCGGGAACAACGCGACCAAAGAGGACGUCCGCAAAAAGAUGGCAGAGAUGGAGGAACGGGAGGAAGAGUUCCUCGUUGAACCAGCGUUCUUCACCACUCUAGCGAACCAGUUUCCCGACUUGGUCAGACACGUCGAAGUUAUUCCAAAGAAUAUGCAGGCAACAAACGAGUUGAGCGCGUACCGUUAUGCAGCUGUUGUACACCUGCGCAGUUCAGACGAGUCUGGGCGCCCUGUGUAUUCGAUUGAGAUGGACGACUGGGUGGACUUUCAAGCCUCUCACAUGCACAAAGAUGCCCUUCGAGAGUAUCUGCGGCUGGCCGAGAAUACCAUGGCCGUGGCGAUCAGCAAUAUUCCUUACGGAAAGACCAUUUUUGAGAGACAGAUUGUUGAAUCUCUCGAUGACAGCAGCGAGGAUGCGCUACAUGGGACACUGGAUGGUGCAGCCUGGAUCUCAGCUGUACGGUCCGAUGCCAAAGGUCGGCCAUCGCUUUCCGUGCCUGAUCUAGUGCUGCUUGCUGAGGAGACUGGGUUCCGUGUAGAGGUCAGUGCAGCAAGGCAGUGGUCUCAAAGCGGUGCGCUCGAUGCUGUUUUUCAUCGCUACCCAAUUUCUGAACCUGCUGCUCGAACCUUAUUUGCCUUCCCCACGGACAAUGCCAUUCGAGUGUCUGCCACCCUCACCAAUCAGCCGCUUCAGCGACUUCAGAAGCGACGUGUUGCAGUACAGGUUCGUGAAUGGCUCCAAGACCGGAUCCCAUCGUACAUGAUUCCCUCCCACAUUGUCGCGCUGGACCAAAUGCCACUCAAUACCAGUGGCAAGGUCGACCGAAAAGAAUUGUCUCGCCAGGCCAGAGCAAUUAAAAACACCCAGAAAUCAGCACCGCCAACAGCGCCAGCGUUUCCCCUGAGUGACGUGGAGAUCAGGCUGUGCGAAGAGCUGACGAAAACGUUUGAGAUGGAUAUCAACAUUACGGAUGACUUCUUUCAACUUGGCGGACACUCACUUUUGGCGACUAGGCUCGUCGCACGAAUCAGUCAUAGACUCGGCGCGCGACUGACGGUGAAAGACGUGUUUGACUAUCCAGUCUUUUCUGAGCUUGCAGACGUCAUCCGCCAACAAUUGGCCUCGAAGAAUGCCCUCCCGACAAUAUCAGCUGGUGGCCAGGACAAGCAAGGGUCCGCAGGCGUGGCUCCGACCACUGAAAUGCAAAGCAUGUUGUGCGAGGAGUUUGCGAACGUUCUUGGUAUGGAGGUUGGAAUUACUGACAAUUUCUUCGACCUCGGCGGGCAUUCACUCAUGGCUACGAGGCUAGCCGCGCGCAUUGGCCAUCGAUUGGAUACCACGAUCUCGGUCAAAGACAUUUUUGAUCAUCCAGUUCUUUUCCAACUUUCGGCCCAACUAGAGGUUGCUCAGCUGGAAAGUCCCGGCGGUGGUAGCGACAUCAAGCUGCCUGAAUACGCUGCAUUCCAGCUUGUUCCCGCCGAGGAUGCGCAAAUUUUCAUUCAAGACGAAAUUUACCCACAAUUCAACUUCCCACACGAUAUGAUUCAGGAUGUUUACCCAGCGACACAUCUGCAGCAAUGUUUCCUCCGCGAUGUUUCCGGACAGCCGAAGCUUCUUGUGCCGUUCUACAUCGAUUUUCCGCCUGACUCGGAUCCUCAUACCUUGGCCAGAGCAUGCUCAUCUCUGGUUGAGAAGUACGACAUAUUUAGGACAAUAUUCAUGGAGAUCGCGAGCAAUCUCUAUCAAGUCAUCUUGACGCAUCUCGAUCUUGGCAUUGACGUUAUUAAAACGGACGCCAAUGUCCACAAGACGAGCAGCGACUUGGUGGACAAGGUCUCCAAAGAACCGGUCCGUCUUGGACAGCAAAUGAUACGAGUUACGAUUCUGAAGCAGACAUCGUCAGUGCGAGUACUUUUGUGGCUCUCCCACGCCUUGUAUGAUGGCUUGAGCUGGGAGCACAUUGUGAGAGAUCUCCACAUUCUCUUCAAGGGUAGAUCGCUCCCGCCAGCGAACCAAUUUUCGCGGUACAUGCAGUAUUUGGACCAUACUCGAAAGCCUGGUUGUGACUUUUGGCGGGAUGUCAUACAGAACGCACCAAUUACAAACCUGAGCGAUACCAGAAGUAGAAGUCGUGAGCCGGAAGUUGGAGCUCCAAGAGUCUUGCAUGCCGGCAAGGUCAUCAGUGGUCCCUCUCAAGCCGUCCGCGGCAGCAUUACGCAGGCGACAGUGUUCAACGCUGCUUGUGCCAUCGUACUGUCGAACGAGACUGGGGCGAAUGACGUCGUUUUCGGUCGCAUCGUAUCAGGUCGGCAAGGUUUGCCAGUGAGCUGGCAGAACAUGAUCGGUCCAUGCACAAAUGCGGUGCCGGUGCGCGCUGUGGUGGACACGGAGGGCAAUCAUCAGCAAAUGCUCCGCGACUUGCAAGAGCAAUACCUCCUGAGCUUGCCGUUUGAGACUAUCGGCUUCGAUGAGAUCAAGCGCAGCUGCACAGACUGGCCGGAAGCCUCAAAUAACUAUGGCGUCUGUGUGACAUAUCAGAAUUUCGAGUACCACCCGGCGAGCGAGGUUGACCAACAGCGGGUCGAGAUGGGCAUCCUGGCGAAGAAGGCCGAACUGAUCAAGGAGGAACCGCUGUACGACGUGGCCAUAGCAGGAGAGGUUGAACCUGACGGAAUUCACUUGCAGGUUACCGUGGUCGUGAAUUCGGCGCUAUUCAGCCAAGAGGCCGCCACGCACUUGAUGGAGGAGGUUUGUAAGACGUUCCAGGCCUUGAAUUCGUCUCUGUGA